AUGUGGAGUGCUUGGUUAGGGUUCCGCCCACCGAGGUAUCUGAUCAUAGGGGCAGACAGGCAGAGAGGUAAAAUGGCGCACAGCUGUCGGUGGCGGUUCCCUGCUCGGCCCGGAGGGAGCAGCAACUCCGGUACCGGGAGGAGAGCGGGCCGUAUCAGGGUUACUGCCUUUUUGCGGAGCGUAUCGGGAGCCCAGCCAAACGCCGCUGGACUCGGACCCGGGUUUGAUGCUGCACUACAGGUUUCUUCGGUUAUCAGGAGCAACCUGCAGAAAUUUCGGGAUGUUUUGGGGGAAUCGAGCGACUCUAGCAGCGCAGAGGAUGAAGCAUUUGCAGGAUUUGGAGCGACUGAUGAACAAACAGAAAUACGAAGCCCUUCAUCAGCUUCGUCAGAAGGAGUACCCCUGCAGGAGAAGAAGCCCAGAGGCCGCCCACCACGGACCCCGACUGCUCAAAAAGCUGUUCCCAGUUUACCAUCCCCCUUGUCAUAUCCUUCUCCGACGCAAGCGAAACCUGAUGGCCCUGAAAGGCCGGCAGAGAAAGUUAAAAGGCUACCCGGGAGGCCACCUGGCACUGGUGAAAAGCGUAGGGGCCGUCCGCCUUCUUCAAGUAGUAAGAAAACUUGGAGUACGGGCAACCAUGCAGCUGCUGAGGACAGUAGGCAGGCUGGAUUUGAGCUUGGUACAGAUACAGAGGAUGAGAAGGACAGAAAGAGCAACAAGAGGUUGCAAGGGGUCUCUACACAGCCUCAUGACACCGAGGCAAAGCUUUCUAAAGGAGGCCGGGGUGAAUCCAAAGCUACCAACCUGAAGAGGCUGACAGAGACUAAAACCACCCCACUCAAAUCACGCCUCAAGACUUUGCCUGGUGCACCCCGACGCAGACGUGGGCGACCACCGUCAGCUGAGCGGCUCAAAGCUGAAGCAGCAGCUGCAGCCCAGCUGUCUGCUUCAAUGGAAGGUGGAGAAGGAAUACACAAGGCCUUUAGGGUCAGAGGUGGAGACAGAGGCACAGAACCACACAACACAGAGGAGCCCAAUGUAAGGAACAUGGACGGCACUCAAGACCAGGACUCUUCUAGUCUACCCACCUCCCCAACUGCAUCUAAACCAGGAAGGCCAGUAGGCCUCAGGAAGAGCCCCCGGCACAGGAAACCCGUUCGAAUAGUCCCUCCUUCCAAACGUACCGAUGCAACCAUCGCCAAACAGCUGCUGCAGCGUGCCAAGAAAGGAGCACAGAAGCGACUGGAGAAAGAAGCUGUUGGCAUUGGGGGGAGGGGGUCGGGAGCCAGUGAGGCUGGCAUCAGAAAAACCCAACUCAAAAACAUCCGACAGUUCAUCAUGCCAGUUGUCAGCACUGUUUCCCUUCGCAUCAUCAAAACUCCCAAGCGCUUCAUUCAGGAUGAGGGCAGUUUUGGAACUCCGGCGUCCCAUGCAAAGAUAGCUCGAUUAGAAACACCACCUUCCACUGUCGCUGUAUCUGCCCAACCUACGCCCACCACUUCCUCAUCCCCUUCUCCUGCACUUGUCUCCGUUACCUCCGCUACUACUUGUAGUGGGGCAGCCGCUCCUGUGGAAUCGCUCCCUCCUCCGUCUUCUCCUGCGCCCGUCCCCACUGCCCCGCCGACAGCUUCCGGUCUGCUUAACAGCAAUGCAAACGCUGCAGCCAAUGGGAGAUUUAGCCAUAGUGCACAAUCUUGUGGUUCAAGUGCUGUAUCGCAGCAUUCCUCGCAACUCUCUUCUGCAGAGUCUUCCAGGUCCAGCAGCCCGAGCUUGGAUGACUCCUCAUCUGACUCUCAGGCUUCAGAGGGCACACAGGCUCUUUCUGAGCCAGAGGAUCACUCUCCCUCUUCACAGGGAGAAAGGGAGGCCAAUCUCUUAAACAACUCCAGGCCUGCCUCACCUCCUUCUGAGCCAGAACAUGUGCUGGCAGAGGGCAGUCGGCGGGGUCGGAGAGCACAGGGGACUGGGCGGGGACGUCAGAAACAGAGGGUGAGAGAGAGUGGCACCACAGGGGUUAAAAAGCCCAUCAUCAGCCCACCAACAGGAGUGCUGAUGUCCUCUUCUUCUCUUGGAAAUUCCCAGCAGGUUUCUUCCACAGCUUCUUCUCCGUCCUCACCUCCACCACCCCCUCUCCUCACUGCUCCACAGCCUCCUCUAUCUGGUUCCUCCAACACGGCCGCUAUCAGCGAUCACCACCCUCAGACAUCCUGGGUGCCCAUCCAGACAUUUAUGCCACCAGGGCAGUCCCACCUGUCAGACAAAAGGAAUCGCUCAAUUCUGAGGGAGCCCACCUUCCGCUGGACAUCCCUGUCCCAUCCCAAGCAGCAAUACUUUUCCUCUGCUAAAUAUGCCAAGGAGGGCCUCAUUCGAAAGCCUAUAUUUGACAAUUUUCGUCCUCCGCCUCUUACGCUUGAAGAUGUGGGAUUGCUGCCCCAAGGUGUCGCAGGAGCAGGGGGAGCUGCUUCAGUUGCGUAUUCAGCACCAGGCACUGGAGCAGGUACAGGGAGCCGCCUAUUUGCUCCCCUUCACCCCCACACUCACCACCAACACCCGCCGUCGUCCCGCUUUGAUUCACCUCUCCAGAAGCGCUCAUUGCUCCGUGCGCCACGCUUCACACCCAGCGAAGCCCACUCUCGAAUCUUUGAGUCUGUUACCUUGCAGUCUUCUUCGGGGAGCAGCCCCGGCUCUCUCUCCCCUCACCAGACGCCUCCCAGUUCCAGUAGAACCCUGCGACGCAGGAGACGACUGAUCCCGGGAGCGCAUCGUGGCCACCCACGGUCUUCUUCGCACCCUAUGACGAGACGCAGCGUCCAAAUCAAAGGUGCCUCUGAAGUGUCUGCAUUGACAGGCUCUGUCUCCAGCAGUAACCCCAGCUCUUUGCCGGGGGUCUCUGGAAGCCCUCUAGCCACGAGUGCCUUAACAUCUACUUCCUUCAGCUCCUUCCCCACCGUCCCUCGGGCUCUGCACUCGCAAGGAACACCUGAAACCAGAAGAGGGGCACCAGGAAACCCAUCUCCUCUGUCAAACACAUCAUCAUCUGCUUCCUCCCCUCUUUUCCCUCUCUUUCCUUCGAGUGCUCAGGACACGGGGCGAGGAGGUGGGACAACAGGAAAGGAAAAAAGCUUGUCAACUCCACAAGAACCACCUCCAAAGGAAAAGGAGAGAGAGUGUGAGAAAAAUCGCGAGAAAGAGAAGGAAAAUAAGAGAGAGGGACGGAAAGAUUUGGAGAAACGAAGUAAGGUGUCCACUCCUGAUGGCUCCCCAAAUGCACCUUCCAGCUUGUUUACCAUCGAUGGGAGGGACUCGGAAGGCGCUAUUGCACCAAAAAAGACUCCCGGAAGAAAGAAAUCCACAUCAGUUGACACGGUUUCUGACACUGCUUCCUUAGAAGCCAGAGGGCUCCAUCCCUUGUCCAUCACUAAAGGCCGCCACCUCAAGAAAGGAAGACCGUCUGAGAAAGGGACAGAGACCGAAGAAGGGGAGAAGGAAAAGGAGAAAGAGAAACGAAGUGCAUCUAACCAGCCGACAGCUAGUCUUCCAGGGCAGCAAGGCAGACAUCAGCUUCCUGUCUCCUUGGUGUCGACAGAAGGAGGACAGCAUUCACUGACUGACAAGCGGCUGGUCGGACUACUCAAGAAGGCCAAAGACCAGCUCAUUGCAAUAAAGAAGAAUAAGCUGAAGCCUGCCGAAGAGACUAAGGUCCAGGGUCAGGAGAGUGACUCGUCAGAGGCCUCUGUCCGCGGUCCACGCAUCAAGCACGUGUGUCGUCGUGCAGCUGUGGCUCUCGGCCGUAAUCGGGCCGUGUUCCCUGAUGAUAUGCCCACACUUAGUGCCUUGCCCUGGGAGGAGAGAGAGAAGAUCCUAUCUUCCAUGGGGAAUGAUGACAAGUCAUCAGUAGCAGGCUCAGAGGAGGCAGAGCCCCAGUCUCCUCCCAUAAAGCCAAGAGAGACGCGACAGAAGGCCGUUCAAGAAGCUCCUCCCAAAAAGGGCCGCCGGUCCCGCCGCUGCGGCCAGUGCUCAGGCUGCCAGGUUCCAGAAGACUGUGGCGAAUGCACCAACUGUCUAGACAAGCCCAAGUUCGGUGGGCGAAACAUUAAGAAGCAAUGCUGCAAGAUGAGAAAGUGUCAGAAUUUGCAAUGGAUGCCCUCAAAGAUGUUUCUCCAAAAGCAAGGUAAAGGCAAGAAGGACAAGAAGAAGAAGUUUUCUGAGAGAAAAGAGGGUUUCAAUCCGUUAAAAGCCCCCAAUUCGGAGUCUGCCCCCAAACCGGCUUGCGCUCCUUUAAAGGAGGACCCUGCUCGGAAAAAUAGCGAGACUCCCCCUUUAAAGCUGAUGGAGGAGAAGUCCAAACAGCAGCCGCUGUCCAAGCAGUCCUCACCAGCCGUCGCCUCGUCCCCCGCCCCAGCUGAGCAAGCCCAGACCCCGGGCACGUCUCAGCCUCAGUCCCCGCCUCCGACCCCGGACGCCAAACAGAUUCCAGUUACAAGCAGCACCUGCAGUAAAAAGGGACACAAGCCACACCAGUCUGUUCAAGCUUCUUCCCCCACAUCUUCAUCGUCACCUAGUUCCUCAUCCUCGUCCUCUUCAUCGUCGUCUUCUUCCUCCUCGUCAUCUUCAGCCCAGAGCUCUCCUUCACAGUCGACUCAGAGUCAGCAACCCUCACAGUGGACACCUGCGAGUCAGGUGCCGACAAAGAAAGACGCUUCACCCAAGAUUUCUCUGAGCGAACCCAAGAAAAAAUCCCAACAGCACUCAACACAACAGCAGAGCUCAGCCACAAUGGUUGACUCAAAAACAUCAAAGAAGCCAACUUCCCGCACUAUCCCUCCAUCUCCAAAACAGAAAACAAAAGACAAGCCGCUGACAACAAAACCGACCAGCAGCAGUACUUUAAACUUGCUGAGCACUCCCUCGACUAGGGACCAGGUGAAGUCCCGAGCUCCCUGCGACGGAGUGCAUCGAAUCAGAGUGGAUUUCAAGAGGGACCAUGAUGUGGAGAAGGUGUGGGAAGCUGGUGGACUCAGCCUGCUCACCUCUGUGCCCAUCACACCCAGGGUACUCUGCUUCCUGUGUGCAAGCAGUGGAAAUGUCGAGUUUGUGUUCUGCCAGGUGUGCUGCGAACCAUUCCACCUCUUUUGCUUGGGGGAGUCAGAGCGCCCCCUCCAGGAGCAGUUUGAGAACUGGUGCUGUCGACGCUGCCGGUUCUGCCAGGCCUGUGGGCGCCAGCACCAUAAAGCUAAACAGCAGCUGCUAGAGUGCGAUAAGUGCCGUAACAGCUAUCACCCGGAGUGCCUGGGUCCCAACUACCCCAGCAGACCUACCAAGAAGGAGAGAGUCUGGAUUUGUACCAAGUGUGUGUGCUGUAAGAGUUGUGGAGCCACCAAACCUGGGAAGUCCUGGGAUGCCCAGUGGUCACAUGAUUUCUCCACGUGUCACGACUGUGCCAAGCUGUUUUCUAAAGGGAACCUCUGCCCACUGUGUGAUAAGUGCUUUGAAGAUGACGACUGCGACAGCAAGAAGAUGGAGUGCAGUCGCUGCAAGAAAUGGGUUCAUGGCAAGUGUGAGAACCUUACAGAUGAAACAUUCGAGCUGCUGUCGAAGCUGCCACAGAGCGCGGCCUACACAUGCACCAAAUGCACGGAGCGCCACCCGGCCGAGUGGAGGACGGCGCUGGAGAGGGAGUUUCAGGGCUGCAUCCGCAAUGUUCUCAACGCUCUGCUCAACUCGCUCACAUCCACGCACCUGCUACGCUACAGACAGGCGGUGAAGCCUCCAGAGCUGAAUCCAGAAACAGAGGAGAGUCUUCCGUCCCGACGGUCCCCGGAGGGCCCGGAUCCCCCGGUCCUUACGGAAGUCCCCCCGACCCCUCCCAGUGACUCCCCUCCGGAUCUCGAGUCUGUUGAGAAAAAGAUGGAUCAGGGUCGUUACAAUUCAUUGGUGGAGUUCAGCGACGACGUCGUGCGAAUCAUUCAGACGGCCUUCAACAGCGACGGAGGCCAGCCUGAGAGCAGGAAAGCAAACAGCAUGGUGAAGUCUUUCUUCAUUCGGCAAAUGGACCGAAUCUUCCCCUGGUUCAAAGUGAAGGAGUCCAGGUUCUGGGAAAGGCAAAAAGUCAAUGCCAACAGUGGGCUUCUCCCCAACGCCGUCCUUCCUCCAUCUCUGGACCACAACUACGCCCAGUGGCAGGAGAGGCAGGAGCUUUGCCGGGCCGUUCACCCCCACUUCAUGAAAAAGAUCAUCCCAGCUCCGCAGCCCAAGAACCCUGCCAAGCUAGAUUCACCAGCUUCACCUCCUCCCCUACCUCCUUCACUGCCACCGCCACCUGACCUCCUGGCAGAUCACGAGGACAGCCCUGAACCCCCUCUUCCUCCUCCAGGCAUCAGUGAUACCAGGCAGUGUGUGCUGUGCCUCCAGUAUGGAGACGAGUACACUAAUGACUGCGGCCGGCUGCUAUACAUCGGUCAGAAUGAGUGGGCUCACGUGAACUGCGCUCUCUGGUCUGCGGAGGUGUUUGAAGAUGACAACGGAGCUUUGAAAAACGUUCACACCGCUGUUCUCAGGGGAAGGCAAACGAACUGUGAAAGGUGUGAGAAGACGGGGGCCACUGUGGGCUGCUGCCUCACCUCCUGCACCAACAGCUACCACUUCAUGUGUGCCCGCAACUGCCACUGUGUGUUCCUGGAAGACAGGAAAGUCUACUGUCCAAAGCACAGGGACCUCAUCAAGGGAGAGGUGGUGACAGGGUUUGAGGUAACCCGCAGGAUCCUGGUGGACCUGGAAGGGAUCAGUCUCAGGAGGAAGUGGCUGGCAGGGCUGGAGCCUGAAAAUGUCCACAUGAUAAUAGGCUCCAUGACAAUUGAUUGUUUGGGAAUACUGACUGAACUCUCAGACUGCAAACGCAAGCUCUUCCCUGUUGGAUACCAAUGUUCGAGGGUAUACUGGAGCACUUUAGACGCUCGAAAGCGUUGCGUGUACACCUGCAGGAUAUUAGUCUGUCAUCCUGCAGUGGCAGAGUCUGACAUGAAGAGUGUGAUGGGUCCUGAGGAGAAUCGCACAAUUGCACACAGCCCACCUCCCAUUACAGACUUUCCUGAUCCAUUUGAGUCACCAAGACGCUCUGAAAACCUCUCUCCUGCAAAUACCCCGAAGCUCAGGGUCUACACCAGAAACAGACAUCCCAGUUACCCCCCCUGCCAGCGCGCUGUAGACUCCAAACAAAUGUCUUCUCCAGAGGGAAUCCCGCUGCCCCAAAGCCAAGCUGUGGCAGAUUCACCGGGGAAUCCGAGCAUUCGCAACAUUGACUCCAGACGUCACAGUUCCCCUUCCCUGUCCUCUCCUCCCCACCAGCUGAACAGGCAGAGAGGCAUGACCUCCGCACCUCAGAGUUUGUCACGACCCCUCACCUCACCUCCUCCUCUCAUCCCCUCCCCGGCCAGAGACCCUGAAAAAUCCAAACACCUCAUCAAAGACUCAAAGAAGAAUCCAGUCCAAAGAGAUGGGGACAGAGGCAGAUCCUUUUCCACAGAUGGAAACAGGCUGCAACCAGCAAGGGAACAAGGCCUGAGAGAUUCAGACAAGGGAAGGACGUCAAGUCGAGACCAAGCAUCCAAGGAGUCAGAAAAAAGUAAAUCACCCAGAGAGCAUGUGCAAAAAGAUUUUGACAAGGGUGACAUUUCAGCCAAAGAACCAGAAAAGAGAAGAGUUAUAGGUACAGACUCCUGUCUGAAAGAAUCUGAGAGUGGAAAACCGCUGAGUAGAGACUCCUCGAGAGAUUCUGAAAAGGGGAGGCUUGCAAAUAGAAACUCGAGUAAUAGAGAAACAGAUAAGAGUAAGACGUCUUUCAAAAAUCCUAACUACAAGGGUACAGACAAAUCUAGGUCUCUCAGCAGAGAUGUGGGACAAAGGGACUCCGAGAAACGCAGACAGUACAGCAGGGAAGCAGGAAAAGAUUUGGGCCAAGGUAAAGAUAGACCAUCAAGCAGGGAUUCUGACAGGGGAAGACCUUCCUCUAGAGACUCCAGCUAUAGGAGUGCAGAGCGAAACAGAGACUCUGGCUCAGCUAAAGAUAGCAAUGCCGGCAGUCAAUCGAAGCGGACUGGAAGUGAGAGCAAGACUCCAAGAUCGGCACCUGUGGGCUCGGGACAGUCUUCUCCUCCAGUGGGCACUGCUGCUCUCUCAAGUCAGCAGAGGAGUGGUGGCACCAAACAGGUCGACAAGCAGGGAAAACAUGGAAACAAAGACCAUGAUGGUCUAAGCUUGUUGCCUCGUCACCGAUCCAAUCCACCCUCCAACAUCCCCUCAUCAAAGGACAGGCCCAGCUCAGGGAAGGAGAGUAGCAGCGCCACUGGGAAUACCACACCGUCUCCAUUCCAUAAGGAAUCCGUCGUUGGAAAAUCUGGCUCCCCACAGAAGUCCAGUACACUGAAAUCUAACGAUUACUCUUCAGGCCCAGCUGGGAAGCCUCUCUUUUCAUCACGGACGUCAGUGGAGGACGAUGUCGGUAAACGGAGCUCCCUGCACCUGACCUCCCCGGUUGCAGGCUCAGCUGCCAAAGACAAACACCCCAAAGUCAAAUCAGCUGGCAGCAGAGAUGUGUCCAAAGACCGAGACAGAGAGAAGACCCAUCAGAACAGCAGCAGCAACAAAGCUCCUCUUCUCAACAACAAUGCAAAAACCACAGGCAGCUCUAGCACACAUUCUCCAAACUCCAGCUCCAGCUAUAACAGCAAAGUUCCAGUGCUCGGAAACAGCACCAAAUCCCAAGGGAAGCCUCAGGGGGAGAAGCAGCAGAACCAGGGAGAGGACAGGUUGUCCACAAAGAGCAGAGAAAAUUUCCCCUGUCCAGAGAGGAAGUACAGCAGCAAUCCAGAAAGCUUCCAGCAGAUGCAGACCAGUUUGGCUGCAGAGAAAGGCGUAGUGAGCACAACUCAGUCUCACACCAAACAGAUAACUAACCAGUUGUCGAUUGCCUCCAGAGAGAAGAAGCGGCCAGUUAAACCCUCUUCUCACACUCCGCUCAAGACCAAUAUGAAGUCUGACCCCAAUGGGACGCAAUCUUCCUGUCCCACAAGCACUUCUUCCACCGUCUCCCCUGCUGGACAGGGGACCCAUCGCGCCGCCCCGUCCCCUCUGUUCUCCUCGCCCUCUGCCAGCAGCAGCGACAGCUCCGAGUCUGACACCCAGGCUCAGAUGGAGGAAGACAAACUCCGCAAAAACCGUCCGCGCCACAGGCUCAGAGACCACCACAGCCUCCUCUCCCAGUGUGCAGAGGAGGAUGACGGCGAAGGCCCGGAGGACGACCACGACAGAGGCAUGGAGGACAAGCACCAUGAAGACGACAGCGACGGCUCGGGUUCAGCCAAGAGGCGUUACCCGCGGCGCAGCGCCCGCGCACGUUCCAACAUGUUCUUCGGACUCACUCCGUUUUAUGGCGUUCGCUCGUACGGCGAGGAGGACAUUGCCUUUUACGGCAGCGGUGACGGAGCGGGGGCUGUGGUUAAGAGGAGGACCGGCGGACGGAAGAAGUCGGCUGAGGGGCAGGUGGACGGAGCGGAUGAUAUGAGCACCUCAUCUUCAUCUGCAGACAGUGGCGAGGACGAAGAUGGCGGAAUGAAUAACAGGGGUAAAGACUCCUACUACUACAACUUCACUCGGACAAUAAUCAACCCUGGCGAAGGCCUUCCGUCAAUAGAGGGGCUGGACGAUUGUUUAGGAAGGGGAUCCCAGCUCCAGCGCUUUCUGAAAGACGAGGAGCAGCAGCAGCAAAGGGCUCAAGGACAAACUGAAGAGGACAUGCUGAGUACUUUAUCCUUGGGCAAACAGCAGAUCGGCCAGGUUGACGGCGUCGACGACGGCUCCGAGAGCGACACCAGCGUCUGCACCACCAGCACCACCACCACCACGGCCACCUCCUCCUCCGGCCCGCAGAAGAGCGCCCCCAAGAGGAGAGGCAGAGAAAGGCACGCGGACAAAGCCGACUCCCACGAUUCGAGCAAGGAGGCAGACAACGGCGGCGGUGGAACCGGCGGCGGCAACACACGAGAAAGCAGAAAGAACCACAAGGAAAACUGUCUUCCUCUCGGCGGAGGCGUCAAAUCCCAGCCGCAGAGCCAGGGUCAGGAUCCUCUGGAGACCCAGCUCUCCCUCAGCACGGACCUGCUAAAGUCAGACUCCGACAACAACAACAGCGAUGAAUGCGGGAAUAUUUUGCCGUCAGACAUCAUGGAGUUUGUGCUGAACACGCCUUCCAUGUCGAUGCAGACUCUGGGUCAGCAGUCCGAGCCGUCGUCCUCUGAGCUGCUGCUGGACGAGACCUACGACCUGAACAGGCGCAAAGAUAUUCUGUUUGAUGACUUCUCGCAGCCGCUGCCCAGCGCUGAGAGCGGAGGGGUGGUGGAGGCCAGCGUUAACAGCUCCAUAUCGGUCGAAGAACCAUAUCUUCCUCUCGAGCUGCCUUCAGACCUCUCGGUUCUGACGACACGCAGCCCGGCCGUCAGCACGAGCCAGAACCACUCGGCCGGUGGCCUCAUCUCAAAUACCUCAGAAGGCACUAUCCUGGGUUUGAACUCCGACCCUGACAACAUCAGCGGGGAGAAGAGCGGCGAUAAGAAACCAGCGGGUCCUGGUGUCUCGCCGCCUGAGAAUCAGCACGAUGGUGCAGCUUUGGGAAGUAGGGAUGCUCAGACUGCAGAGGGUCACAUGACUCCAGAGCAGUUCAUUUCCAGCCCCGCUAUUGGUCAGGGGGUUGAAACUCCAGGAAACCAGGAAGUAAACAGGAGUUCUGGCUCGUCUGGUUUGCCAAAUUCUCCUUCCAUGCCUCUUCCGAGUCAGAAGUACCUCCCCGCUGCAGCAGCAGCAGCCGCUGCUGCAGGCAGUCCCAGUCCACUUCCUGGUCCAGGACCUUCCCAGGCUCAGGUCUCGAGCCCGGCAGUCAUCAAACCGGGUCCUGAUAAACUGAUCGUGGUCAACCAGCAGUUCCAGCCUCUCUAUGUGCUUCAGACGGUGCCAAACGGCGUUACCCAGAAGAUCAGCGCAACAGGAGUGAUGGAAGCCACGUCUUCUGCCGUGCUGAGCCCCAUGACCAUCACCAGAGGCUUAAACACCGGUUUAUCUCCAGGCCAGCCCAUCUUCCCCGCUGGGGGCAAAGUCCUCGGCACCAUUCCUCACCCCUCUCAGCUUCACACGUUCACCGGAUCCACCCAGGCGGGCUUCCAAACGGGAAUACCCAGCACCACCUCGGGCCUGCUCAUCGGUCUGCCCUCCCAGCCUUCCGACCAGUCCCAGAUUCUAGUCUCGGAGGCGGGUCGACCUCACGAGCUCGGCCACAACGUCGCCAUAGUCUCCAGUCCUUCUUCCCUGACCUCUUCCCCUGCUGUGAUCGCCUCCUCUCACGGCAAGAAGAGGCCCAUCUCUCGUCUGCCGAGGAAAAACAAGAAACCGGCUCGGACCCGCGGCCACCCCGCGCUGGCGCCGUCUGAAGUGGGCCCUCCCAACAUGACUCUGAUCAACCUGUCUUCCCAGCAGAUCACAGCGAGCAUCCCGGGACAACCCGGCAGCCUGGUCGAGCUGAGCGCAAUCUCCACCCCUCAGCGCAAAGUCCCAAAUAUCAUCAAGAGGUCCAAGUCGGGCGGGGUCAUGUACUUGGAUCCCACCGCUCUCAUACAGCAGAGAAUUCCCAAUCCUCAGACUGGCAUCCUGAGUCACGAUUCCUCAACGCACAUCUUGCCUUGCUCCGUCUCCAGCCUCAGCAGCAGCCAGUCGGUGUUGAACGUGGUCUCUGUCCCGUCUAGUGCUUCCGCCGGGCUCCUGGCGCCGGGAUCAGUGUCUCUCUCCACCCCCAUGCUGAGUUCUGCCGAGAUCGCCGGGCCGAUCAGUAACCUCCUCUUCAAAGCGAAUCCACAUGGUCUGGGACUGUCGGAUCAGCCUGUGGUCCUCCAGCCGGCGGGGGGAGCUCCCCUCAUGUCACAGCUCGCCUCCCCGGUUCAAACAUCCAUCGCCAGCAGCAUCUGCGUCCUGCCGACCCAUCAGACAAUCAGCAUGGCCGUCAACCCGCACGGCGAGGCAGAAAGUGGGAACGUUCACCUGCAGCAUCAGCCUCAGCCCAUCAGCAGAGUGCAGACCAUGGAGUCCAAACCGAACCGUAACGCAGCUUUAUCUCCCAGCCCUUCUGCCCAUCUGAGCCCCGCCAAGGGACGCGUUGUUGGAGUUUUCACCCAAAAACCGGCCGUGUUGCUUCCCCAGAGUAACAGAACGAACCCUGUCCUCAAAUCGUCAGAUCAGAAACCGACUAACUCGGCAACAGCGGCGUCGGGCUCAGUUUUAGCUACCGACAAAAGCAAGAAAAAAGUAAAGAGGGGACGACAGAGUGUAGAGAUCACCGGCGGGAAGAAGCUCAAGGCCUCGCAGGCAAAUGAAUAUCACAGCAACCCUGGGAAGCAGCUGCCAUCUUCAAACCCAAGCUCCAGAGAACUGAACUCUCCAGAACCGAUGGACACCGGCAAGCCCCCAGACAAGACAACCAACAAGAACUUGUUUGGUAAAAAGAAGACAUCUGAAGGGCAUGCCAUACCGGGAAAAAUAGUGGAAAAGGACAAACCCCCUGCAGCUGGAGAAGCAGGGUCUUUUCCUGCAGCUUCACCGCCCAAUGAGGACGGCAGCAGUGCAGAUUCUGGCUUGGACGGCAAACCCAAAAAGGGCAUCAUCUUUGAAAUCUACAGCGAAGACGGCUUCCACAUUCGCUGCGAGAGCAUCGAAGAGGCCUGGAAGUCCCUGACUGAUAAGGUGAAGGAAGCUCGCUCCCAUGCACAACUCAGAGAGCUUUCCUUUGAAGGUGUGAACGGACUCAGGAUGCUGGGGGUCGUCCACGAAGCGGUGGUCUUCUUGCUGGAGCAGCUGUACGGAUCCAGGCACUGCCGGAGCUACCGGUUCCGCUUCCACAAGCCUGAGGACACGGACGAGCCCCCGCUGAACCCCCACGGCUCAGCGCGCGCAGAAAUCCAUCACAGGAGGUCCGUAUUUGACAUGUUUAAUUUCUUGGCUUCGAAACAUCGACAGCCCCCCGAGUAUCGGCCGCAGGAGGAAGAUGAAGAGGAAGGGCAGCUCAGGACUGCGAGGCGGGCCUCCAUGGAGCUGCCGCUUGCUGCGAGGUUCAAACAGCUCAAAGGCAUCUCUAAGGAAACGGUCGGCGUCUACAGGUCGCCUAUUCACGGUCGCGGUCUGUUUUGUAAGAAAACCAUCGAGGCUGGGGAAAUGGUGAUCGAAUACUCUGGAAACGUCAUUCGGUCCGUGCUCACCGACAAGCGGGAGAAAUACUACGAUGGGAAGGGAAUCGGCUGCUACAUGUUUCGCAUCGACGAGUACGAGGUGGUGGACGCCACCGUGCACGGCAACGCCGCCCGCUUCAUCAACCACUCCUGCGAGCCCAACUGCUACUCCCGGGUCAUCGCCGUGGACGGCCAGAAGCACAUUGUCAUCUUCGCCUCGCGUCGCAUCUGCUGCGGCGAGGAGCUCACCUACGACUACAAGUUCCCCAUCGAGGACGCCAACAACAAGCUGCCCUGCAACUGCGGCGCCAAGAGGUGCCGCAAGUUCCUCAACUGACGGCUCCCAUCUGAACGACUCGCUUCCUGCCGGUUUACAGUUUUAAGCUACAAAAAUGACACCAGCUGCUGCUGCUGCGGACCGCGGCGUGUCUGCAGGAAGGGCCAUAUGUAGAAACCCAAACAUAUUGUGCCUCCUUUUGUCUAAUUUAUAUUCGGCAUUGAAAGUUUCACCUGGAAAGGUGAGUAACGAGACGUGACAUUGCAAUAUAUUUCCUUUUAUUUAUAUUUGGAUGGUAGUUAUCCCUUCAUAUUUUUUUAUUUUCUACAUCGGCCAAUCCUUUUUUAGAAACAUAUUAUGAUCUACUAAUGUGAACUUUAAAGGAAAGGAUACAUAAAAAAAUAAAAAAUAAAAAAUCUAAGAACUUGGAUCCAUUUUACACCAAAGUGCAAUUUGUUGAAGGGACUUGAAACGGUAAUAUUUUAUUUUAUUGGAGGUUAAAUUAGGACUCUGUUUUGUUUUGUUUUUGUUUUUUUCAGUGUUGUCAAUGCAUAUCUCCUUGUCUCAGUGUGCCCUGAUGCCUUCAGAGCUGAAACCUUCCCCUAUAGAGUGUUUAUUUGACCCUGUAAAUAGGCGCAGCCUGGUGGGAGCUGUGCAGCUGGAAACACUAGUGGGAGCAGGAAGAGGAAAAGUAGCAGGAACAGAAAAAAAACAAAAAUAAAGACAUCAGGGAGGGGAGAAAAGUUUAGUUCGUAAGAGAACCGUUUACUUUUUACCGUUGCUGUAAAGGGUGUCCUCAGAUUCAACCUCAGCUGAUUGGUUAAAAGUGAAUCUGAGAUGAUUGGAUCAAGCCUCUGGCCCGAGGGAGCGAGGCAGCUAGAGAUUCUGGUGGACUGACGGCCAAGGGGACCAGGGAAACCUACUGAUGUGCUUGAAUAGACGUACUUAAAUUGAUUUUCUUUGUUACUCUUGGAGCUUCAUCCGAAUGGCGCCGGAGCGCGCACAGACGGACGUGUUUCAGGACUGCGAACGCUGUUGUUGCUGUCAGAUUGUCUCUGGUAGUUGUGUAAGCUGGGACGUCCCAAAACCACAGCAGCACGAGAACCAAACGCCAUCCUGUUAAAUUGAGUUUUCAUGCAGCUCCCCCCCCGCUCCCCUUCCUGUUGUGAUAACCAUUAUUAUGGGGGGAAAAUAUGUUUUUUUUGUUUUUUUAUUUGUUGUUUGUUAUCUGUCUUUUUACUACAGACAGGGAAAUACCAUGCUUGCUUUUGGAAAGAAAACAAAACAAUGUAAAUAAUGUAUAUUUUUUUACAAAAAAAAAGAAAAAAUGAUUGAAAGCACUCACUAGUGAAUAGCACUUAAUGAUGGUAUUUAUAUUUUUAAAAAUUCAUAUUUAUUUUAUUGCCAUUUUUGUAGGAAAUAGAGGUUUACAAACACUAAUGCUUGGUCGAUAUGUUUUGUAUUCCACUGCUUUUUCAAAGUUUAUGUUUGUUUUUUGUUUUUGUUUUGUUUUAUUCAAAAUUUGGAGCCUGAAUGUUUUUCUUUGAUUCCAAAGACUGACACUGGUCUGUGGCUUGGUUCCUGUUUAGUUCAGUCCACCAGUAGCUCUUUAUCUACGCCAGGCCGUUUGGCCACAGCUGAUGUUUAUUUCAUUUUUAUUGUUUUUACAGAUUUUUAUUUUUCUUUCUUAAAUAUCCCAGUUGUAGCUACUGGUCUGGCCGUCAUGCGAACUAUAAUUAUGCACUUGAGAGAGUUUAGAUUGUGGGUCUAUAGCAGAUAUCUCCUCUCUCCAGCCUUAUCGUCUCCACACCGCGUCGAUCCAGAGAGUCGAGUCCGAGAGUCGAGUCCGAGAGUCGAGUCGAGUCGAGUCCGCUCACAGGCUGCUGCUGCUGCUGCUGCUAUCAUCGAAUCCGUUCUGUGAUCAGCCAGGACGUCGACUGGCUUACCGCUAAUUGGAAACAAACAAACGAACAAAUAAGCUCCCCGUGUUUGUAAAAGGAAAAAUUUAAAAUAGUGCUUUGCAAAAGUUUUCAUACAUAUUUUCCAAAUUUUUUCAACCACAAAGUUUGUAUUUUGGGGGGGGGAUUUUAUGUGAUUGACCAGCGGAAAGUAGUAGAUAAAAGUGAAGUAAACAGUUUGCCAAAUUACUUUCAGCUUUCCGUCUGUCGUUUGGUGUCUGUCUCUACCAGCUUUGCACAAGAGACGGACGGUUUUACCCAUUCUUCCCAGCAGAAUAACUCAUAACUCAUGAUGCAGCCACUGCCAUGUCUCAUGGUAGAGAUGGUGUGUUCAAGGUUUUCCUGACGUUUUUGUGUCAGUUUUAUUCCACUGCAUGAUUUUGGAUUAAUUGCAAGCAGGACUUGUUCAGGCUUUCUUUUAACAUGGAUUUCUUCUUGCCCGCUCUAUUAAAAAUUAAUUAGUGAAGUGCAGGACUUCAAGUUGUCCUGUUGAUGGAUUACUUCCUCCAGAGUCACUGUGAGUGUCUUGGUUGCUUCUCCCAUUCAGGCUCUCUAUGCAAGGUGUUGUUAGGUUUGUAGUUGUGUCCUAUUUACAGACCCGGUUACGUCUGGAGGUAUUUGGUUGCUCUAGAUUUGUAAAAAGUUUCUUUCCACUUUAAUUACUAUGAAUUACGUUUUGUCGGCCUGUCGCAUAAAAUCCCACUGAAAUACGAUGAAGUUUGUGGUUGUUGUUGUUUGAUAAAAUAUGAAAAAGUGAACACUUUAGCAAGACACUGUAAGUCCCUCUGCAGACUUGGUCUAUGAUGAAGAGGUGCCUUUAUUUUAACGCUUAUCAGCAGCAUUCGUCAUAUCUCCAUUGAGCCAGUUAAAGAAAAACUAAGAAGCAUUCAUAGCUCACCAGCAUUCAGGAAACAUGUUUAUCAUUUGGUUUCCUUUGUUUCUUUCCUUUUGUUUCCACAAACCUUCAUGUCCCAGAGCAAAUAUUUAAAAGGCUGGAUCAACUGAAGCCAGAGCCCAUGAUUUUUUUAUCUUCUUUUUGUCAUCUUCACGCCGUUCCCGCUGACUUUGUUGCGACCUGUUGCAGCUACUGCCCCGUUAUUCUGGUGAACUGAAAUUAAAAUACGAACCGCGGACGGUUUGCACUUGAGCUGUGAAACGGGCACUGAAUACUCAUAGGAAGAAUAAUAAUAAAAAAAAAAACAGACAGAAUGCAACUCAAAAGUGCUGAAACCACAAGCACAGAACAUGAAGCCAGAGUUUGCCUGAAACCAGGCUCUGGUCGGGCGUUUCUUGUUUUGAAGCUCCAGUGAAGUGCACUUGAUUCUUUCUGCUCAAAAAAAAAAGAAGAAAAAGAGCGAAGUUCAGGGACCGCGUCGGCGGCCCUCUCCUUCCCGAUAAGUCUCCCGUGGCGCCACCGCUGGGCUCGCUGGGUUCUGCUGCUAAGGUCAACAAUGAAUGUAUGUUCUUCCUCCACAUCACCAGACCCGUGAUGGUGUUGACACUUGGUCAGCUGCGUGUUUUGUUUUUUUUUUUCUCUUGUUUUUGUUUUUUUUGUUUUGUUUUCUCUCUCUUGUAGAGAUGGAAGACCUUAAACGGCAUCAGCGGUUUUGGUUCUUACUGGUUUAGCUCAAACUUUUUCCGCCAGCACCGGCGCUAAAGAAGAAACAUGGUUACUGAUGCUAAGGGCUUUCUCUUCAAACAAAGCUCCAUCUUCAGGAUCAGAGUGUCCCGUAAAACAACGAGUCGAGGUUCUUUUGACGUUAUCAGCAGCAUAUAUACAAUAAGGAAACAUCUUCUGUCGUCUCUUUGGACAUUUUACCACGCCACACCAGUGGCCCUUCUCCGUCAUUAUCUGUAAUUAUAGUAUAAAUACUCAACAGUAUAUGGAAACAUGCAUAGUACUUUCUUGUUCUUGUAUCUAUACAAAUAUAUGGAAUGGACAGACAAACUUAGUUACAGUAGCAAAACAGCGGAUUUAUAACGGUUAAUAGCAACGUUUCCGUGUACUCUAUAAUGGUUUUGUGUUACAGUACUAUCAGAUAAAACUAACGUGCAUCAUUCUCUUUUGUAUAUUGAUAUCCAGUACCAGUUUUGCUGUGCCUGUGAGCGAAUCCUUCACCAGCAAGGAGCGCUGCAGUUUCUUUUGUCGUUUUUGUUUCUUUGUUUUGUUUUGUUUUCUGGAACGAAAUGGCUUUCAUGUGAUGAGAAAUGUAACUGUGUUAAUGUGGUUGUGAACUUCUUGAGGUCAGACGUUUGGGUUUAUUUUUCUGGUUGUUGUAGCGAAUGUUUUAGGGUUUUGUUUUGUUUUUUUUUUCUCUCCUUUUUCUCAGAUUUCGUUUAACAGGGACGUUUCGGACGAUUUGCUCGAUGUGGUCAAAUUCAGAGUUUGGUUUGUGGAAACCACCAUAAUGGCUUCUUUUUAUAUUUUUCUCUUUAGACUGCUUUCAUGUCUCCCUCUCUUAUCUCUUUCUGUCCUCCGAAGCUUUUUGGUUGUUCUUAUGAUGUACUGUUUUAUAGAAAGUGAAAAUGCUGACAUUGAGAACCUUUAAUUUAUUUAUUUACCACAGCAUCCAUGUGGAACCGCUCUCUUACAAUUCAAAGUUCUGGAGAGGUCGUAGGAGUACUUAACCUGUAUGUGUAAUUUUGUCGUGUAUAGACGGCUUAAGAUGGGAUGUAGUGUCAAAAAAAAAAAGGUGGGGUGGGGUUACAGUGGGAUGUGGACAAAGAGGGAUCAUGAACGGGCCAGUUUUCUUUUGCCUUGAAAAUACCUUUGUCUUAUACCAACAUCCUCCUGCUUUCUGUAAAAAAACAAAAAAAACAAAAAGAAAACAAAAAAACUACUUAUGGCAUUCAUUUAUUCUCCCAUUUAACAGUGUUCUACACAUCAGUGAAAUGAAGGAAAACCACCACCGUGAAAAAUAAACCACAAACUACUUGGUUGAAUGUAUAAUUAGGUAACAAAGUUGUACAUAAUGUAAAAAAAAAAGUUUCUAAUCAUGUUUAUUUUCUAUGCACUUUUUUUAUUUAAGUGAUAGUUUAAAUAAUAAACAUGUCGCCUUUA